AUGUCGCCCUUGCUAACUGCACUUGAAAUGACCUGCAUCGACCGGCCAGAGACGGCCUCGUCCACGCUCUCCCCCCAGCCCGCUCAGCAGACCGCCGUCCCGCCCCCGCCUCCGGAGCCCCUUGACUUCGACGCCAACCCGGACGUCCUCGCCCUCAGGUCCGCCAUCUCUGUCCUCCAGGUCCAGAAGCGACGCGCCGCCGCCGACAUGCAGACUCUCACCCGCGCCAAGGACGAGGCCCUCGCGGACCCCGAGGCCUUCAUGCGCGACCUCGCUGCCGGCAAGGUACACUCCCGUGGUGACGAGGCGAGAUAUGUGCCGGGCAGCGCCAACGACGACGAAGACGAAGACGACGACGACAGCUCGGACGAGGAUGCCGACUCCGGCUCCAAGCCUGGUCGAGAGCCCAAGCCCAAAGCGUGGACAUCGCUUCCGCAACCCCAAAACGUCGUCCGCUGUCCACCCAUCAACUGGUCCCAGUAUGCCGUCGUCGGCGAGUCCCUCGACAAGCUGCACGCCGAGCAGGUGUCCCGCCCGACGCAAGGCACGCCCGCCUCCAUCGGCACCGGCGGCGUCUACGAGUUCAAAGGCGACGGCCGCCAGGAGAAGUAUCCCGGUGUCGCUGCGCCUUACGCCCCAGGCAAGGACCGCAUCGACAAGAAGCCCAAGGGAAAGAGGUCGUAA